CACGCUCUACAGUCCACAACCUGCUGCAAAUUCUGUAGUAGAAGAAGAAGCAUCGCGCUUGCUCACGCGUUCAGGUGGUUCUACUGGCUGGCUAACCAUUGCUAGGUUCUGUUGUACAUCAUGGCUGCUUCAAAGCCAGUCGAACCCCAGUCUGGGACUGGUUUACCCCGCUGGCAGCUGGCACUGUUAGUCGGGACCCCAAUAGUGCUCGGAGUAGGGGCGGUUUACCUGUGGAAUCGGAGCAGGACGAAGGAACGGAAAGGAACGGGGGAGCGGAAAACGCCAGAAGGCAGCGCCAGUCCCGUGCAGGGCCAAGAAGGCGCAGCUCGAGCCAGUCGGGAGCAGGAGAACAUGAGCCCUUUGGAUCGGGCCCAGGCAGCAAAGAACAAGGGCAACAAGUACUUCAAGGCUGGCAAAUACGAGAACGCCAUCCAGUGCUACACAGAGGCCAUCGGUCUCUGCCCCACAGAGCAGAAGGGAGAUUUGUCAACGUUUUACCAGAACAGAGCGGCAGCUUACGAACAGCAGAGUAAGUGGACAGAAGUGGUGCAGGACUGCUCUCAGGCCGUGGAACUAAAUCCACGUUAUAUCAAGGCUCUGUUCAGAAGGGCCAAGGCUCUGGAAAAGCUGGACAAUAAGAAGGAGUGCCUCGAAGAUGUCACAGCGGUGUGUAUUCUUGAGGCCUUCCAGAACCAACAGAGUAUGCUGCUUGCAGACAAGGUGCUUAAACAGCUUGGAAAAGAGAAGGCCAAAGAAAAAUACAAGAAUCGGGAGCCAAUGAUGCCUUCGCCUCAGUUCAUCAAGUCGUACUUUAGUUCAUUUACUGAUGACAUCAUCUCCCAGCCCCAGCAAAAGGGUGAGAAAAAAGAUGAAGACAAGGACAAGGAGGGCGAAGCAGCCGAGGUCUCUGAGAGUUCUGGCUACCUGAAGGCAAAACAGUACAUGGACGAAGAGAAUUAUGACAAAAUCAUCAGUGAGUGCACAAAGGAGAUCGAGUCGGGAGGCCGAUACACAGCAGAAGCCCUGCUGCUGCGAGCCACGUUCUACCUGCUGAUCGGUAACGCAACGGCCGCACAACCCGACCUGGACCGGGUCAUCAACAUGCAGGAUGCCAACGUGAAGCUACGAGCGAAUGCCUUGAUCAAGCGCGGGAGCAUGUACAUGCAGCAACAGCAGCCUAUGCUCUCCACGCAAGAUUUCAACAUGGCAGCCGAGAUCGACACGCGCAACCCUGACGUCUAUCACCACAGGGGUCAGGUACUCAUUCAGCCUCUGUUCGCUCUGUUAGCGGUCCUGAAGAUCCUUCUGGAUCAGGUGGACGAGGCAGUGGGAGACUUCGACGAGUGCAUCCUGCUCAGACCGGACUCUGCCCUAGCACAGGCACAGAAGUGCUUUGCCCUUUACAGGCAGGCCUAUACUGGAAACAACCCGUCCCAGGUGCAGACCGCCAUGGACGGGUUUGAGGACGUCAUCCGAAGGUUCCCAAAAUGCGCCGAAGGAUACGCCCUUUAUGCUCAGGCUUUGACCGACCAGCAGCAGUUUGGCAAAGCUGAUGAGAUGUAUGACAAGUGUAUUGAACUGGAACCAGAUAAUGCCACAACAUAUGUUCAUAAGGGUUUGCUGCAGCUUCAGUGGAAACAGGACCUGGAUCUGGGCCUUGAUCUGAUCAGUAAGGCCAUUGAAAUUGACAACAAAUGCGACUUUGCCUAUGAAACCAUGGGAACCAUCGAAGUUCAAAGGGGCAACCUGGACAAGGCAAUAGACAUGUUCAACAAAGCAAUCAACCUAGCCAAAUCAGAGAUGGAGAUGGCCCAUUUAUACUCAUUAUGCGAUGCAGCAUACGCCCAGACAGAGGUGGCGAGGAAGUAUGGGCUGAAGCCUCCCACCCUGUAACUGGUUGUCAGCCUGUCUCCUUCGGUAAAUCUAACUGUGUUUAAAGUGCGACUGUCUAACUUAACUUUGAUUUGUGAAAAGAAAAAAUAUCCUGGAUAUUUAUGGGGGGGGGGAAAGCAAGGACCAUGAAUAUGUUCCACGUUGACCUCAUAUUUAAAGGGUUUAUUGUUAUGGAAAAGAGGGAUUUUCAUCAGAAUCACAGUGAGGCUGCAGUCCUGGUCUUUGCUAGACUCAGUGGUUUAUCCUGAUGUGGGUAGGCCUUGGCCAGCACGGCACAGUCCUCUUCUGACUGACUCCAACCACCUAUCAGAUCUUUUUAUUACUUACUAGAAAAUCAUACAUGGAUUACUGUGCAUACCUGUUGAAAUUGUUACCAACUAUGUGGAAUGGAAGCAUACAGAAAUGCACACAAUCUGUUGAACCAAUUUUUGACAUUGACGCUUGUGUGACACCUCUAUCAAGGCAAAAUACUGUGAGAGCUUGACAAAGCUCUAACGGACUGUUCACUUAAUUCAUGUUGAUCUAAAGUGUUUUUUGUUUUUUUCAUUUGAUUGUUUUUUCUCUCUCGUCCCCAUGCUGCUUCCAUGUUGUAGCAUAUGUUUUCAGUUAUGAAUGCAAGUUGAGAAUCAUAGUCAAAUGUUAAAUGUCUGUAUUUGCGAUGCUGGAAAUGAUCCCAUAGGCACAGGCCCACAGAGAGGUCUGUUCACAUCCUUUUAUAAAUGUUGUUUUUGCCAGAUUUCUUUUUUUUUGUUUUGUUGUUGUUCUUGGAUUUUUUUUCUUUUUUUUAUAUUCAGCAUGUUCACUUUAUAAAUGUAAAUGAAUGCUCGUGCUGUCUUUAACACUAGCAAAUUCUAAACUGUGAGACAUUGAGCAGAUCUCGUUUGAGUAAAAAAAAAAAAAAAAAAAGCCAACCGUUUUUUGUGAAACUGCCUAUAGUUUCAGGCGAAAACACCAGGGAAUGGCGAAGUCUUUUUUUUCAUAAGUUGCUUAGCUCACUUCAGAUUAGAAAUGAGAUUUGUUUUCUAUAUAAUGGUGAAUGUUUAUUUUUCAUUGACAUCAUUGGUUUGAUCUUUUGACAGAGUUUUUAAGACUGGUGUAAUCCUCCCACCCCCCUUCAUUCAGAAAAAAGGUACUCUCACAAUCGGCCAACAUGCAACCCCAAAUUGUCUCUUGGUAUGAUGCAUGAUUUGGUUUUCCAGCAGCAUGUUAUCAUGGCUUAAAUAAUUAGCCAUUCCAGCUGAAUUUUGUUACACCCAGAGAGAGUUUUUUUUUAUUGUUUUACUCAAAAGACAACAAAAAAUUUGAACUCCUCUUGUCUUUGACAUGCAUUUGCAGUGUUAUUGACAGAUACUCACAAAGUUUUGGAUUCCAUCUAGGAGCCAAAUCAUUCUGUGACUGUUGAGAACAACAGAACAGUAAGUCUUUUUUAAAAAGGCAAAACUGGGUUUAACUCUCAAACAAAUGUACCCGAUAGUCUGGCUGUUUGAUAGAAACUUGCAUCAACAAUGUGUAUGUUGACCAAAGUGGAAGAGAAUCUAAAUCCCAAUAAAGUUCGAAUUCUUGGAAUGAAUUUAAUCUCUGAAAGUUUUCUUUAUUACAUUUUUUUUUUUACUGUUAAUGCUUUAACGUCUGUUUUCCCUUUGUUUGGAACUCUUUAAUGGAAAAAAGUUAACCCGUUAAAGUACGUAGUUAUUGCAUUUUAAAAUUAUUCUUGUAGACAGAUAAGUUUGCAUUUCAGACUUUUUGGAAUAGCUUUAUUUUCAUUGAAACAGAAUAUUCCACAUGUAUUCCACAACAUCAGAAAUUAUUGUUAGUUUGUAUAAUUUCUUUUACCAGAUUUCUCUUUGGCCUGGGACAAAAUCAGUAGUUUGUAAAAAGAAAUAUAUUAGAUAUGCUAUAUAUUAUAAGACCCAUUAUAGUCUGGUAAUGGUCAUUAAUGCUGUGUCCUCAAAUCACGCCUUUUGAAAGUCUGUAAAACCACAUGCCAUUUGCUGACCCAACAGGUUUUAAAUGCUCUCUGUAAGGAAUGCAUGACGUGCAUAAUUGAUUUGAAUUCAAAUGAAUCCACCCCUUGGUGUUUAAAAAUGUAUAUUUGUUUCUAACAGUGAUUGUUUUAACAUUAAAACACACCUCAGUCGGCACAAGC